UUGAAUUUGAUAAUAAUUAGAUGACAUUGCCUUAGCAACAACAAUGACUAGUUGUCAUUUAUUGUCAUUGUUGCUGAAUACUGCAAUAAUGGAGAUAUUGCAUAAAUUCAAACAAAAUGGGUAUUUUACAGCGGAUUUGUAUCAUUUACUAGCGAAAAAGAAGCUGGCAGAUCCAUCAGAGGAGAUCAUACCAUCAGAGUAUGAAAGAGAAAUGAAGAUGAGUACUAUGGAGCGGAUACGCUGUUUGAACAGUAUCGUUGUAGACAACAUCGUACACAGUGGCAAACCCGGCAAAGUGGUUUUAUCGUUCACACCAAGAAUUAUCGUUUUUCAGAACUUUAAACCUAACGAUACACUCGUUGCUAAAUUUUCUGUUAAGAAUAUAAGCAAGAGCCCAGCAUUCUUAAACAUGGUGUUCAAAGAAUCUUCCUACUUCUUUAUCAAGCCGGUCGGUGGACAGUUGCUCUCACGUUUAGCCCCUGGAAUUAGCGUGUCAUUUGCUGUGACCUUCCAACCAGUUCAAUACGAGGAUUAUACGCAUAGGAUUACGUUUUACACUGACAUUGAUCAGUAUGUGCUGCCACUGAUUGGUAUGGGUCCAAGACCUGUCUUUGAUUUUCCUGAUCAAAUUGAUAUACCAAGGACACCAUUAAAGAUUGAAAAUGAGUUAUUCCUUGCAAUACAUAACGUGGGUAUGGUGCCUGCGGGAUUUACACUCAAUGCUAAAUGCCCUUUUUCAGUACAGCCCAAGUCGGCCUAUUUGAAUCCUAAUCAAAAAAUUGAUAUCAGAAUUGGCUUCAAAACAAUGCAUCUUGGUGACACGCAGGGAAUAAUGAACGCAACUUUCGAAACAGGAGAAAACUUUCAAAUAAAGCUGACAGGGUCCACUUACACAGUGAGCAUAGAGUUAGAGAAGCAAGUUGUGAGAUUCCUUGACACUUACAACACCAUGGUGCGACAGCAAACAUUCAAGAUUACCAACAAGUCCAACCAUACUCUCACGUAUAUGUGCAUGAAAAAUGACUGCAUUUAUUACGAUUUUGAAGACAAAGUGAAGUUGGCAACAGUAUUUUACGAUCUGAAACAAACUGAAUCGGCCAAAUCGAACAAAUUGGUGUAUUACGACGUCCUGAGCAGUGACGAGCAUUUGAGGGUUUACACGAGGAUAUUUUAUGAUGAAAUACAGGCCCUGGUUGCGGACGAUAACCUGGUUUUUCAAAAUAAACAUAUUUCAGUUACUCCUAUUAAAGGAAAACUUUGGCCAAAUAAGGCGACAGAGUUGACUAUAAUAUUUGCUCCUAAAGAAAUAGGAGAGUUUGAAGCAACUGUAUAUUUAGACGUGGAUGGAGUAAACGAUCGCCUGCCUUUGAAAAUCGUUGGUACCUCGCUACCGCCGUCAAUAAAUCUUAAUUUGGAGACUCUUGAUAUGGAUAACGUGUACAUAAACAAUAUAUAUAAUUACGAAAUUGUAGCUAUGAACAAAGGUCACAUAAAUGGCAUUAUUGAGUACAAACAUUUAGCUCCCUUGUUCGGAAGUAUAAUAUCUUGCUGUCCAGAGUCGUAUUGUAUGCGUCCCGGCGAAAAGCAGAUAUUUAUCAUUUCUUUCUGCAACUCUAAUCAAGGACCGUUUUUUGAAGAAAUUAAUUUUACUAUACGUGAAACUAAUGUUGUUCUCAAGGUGUAUUUAAAAGGUGUUGUUAUUUAUCCAUCGUUGACGUUCAGUGCAUCUUGUUUGGAUUUUGGAAACGUCAGUUUGGGAGUUCCCAAAACAAUGGAGUUGGAGGUUAUAAACGAGUCCCAAGUAAACGUGGAUGCAAUUGUAACGAUAUCGUCGGACGGUCCAGAAAUGAGUAGCAUCACUUUACAAGAUUAUGCUGUGGCUGACAAACCUAAACCGCUAAUACCUCAGUGGCCUAGGGAGUUUGACAUCCAACCUUAUAAAAUUAACAUAGGUCGGGAAUCGACUUCAUCUUUGCGUGUGACGCUAACAGCUAACUUAAUACGGGCAAACCAAACUUACAUGGAGCUGGAGAUCGACCAAUCUGACAGUCCACCGAUCGUUCUGCCAGUGACAUUUAACGCCAUGGUGCCGCUGAUCACCCCCGCGCCAGAUAUCAUGAUGCGAGCGUGUUUCACGGACUACCCUUAUAAGCAAGAGGUUUACGUGGUUUGCAAAGAUUUUUGGGGGUAUUUCACGUUGGAGGAACCUGAAGAGGAGUCGACAUUAGAGGUCGAAGUGGGCAUUAAAGAAGGGCUUAUCGAGCCAAACAGCACAUUAACAUUGCCUGUAACGAUCAAGACAAGUGUACUUGGCGUCCAGGAGUAUGUCAUCAGGAUGAAUUUAUUCGGCAUGUCAGAGCCAGUGGAAGUAUGUCACAUUACAGGCUGCGGAAUGAGACCCAUUGUAACUUGCACCCCUUUCGGUCUACAUUGGGGACAGGUUAAGCUCCUGACGAAGUCGCAGAAAAUCCUUACACUUUGUAAUGAUUCACCUGUUGACAUCUAUUUUCGGGUUUCUUUGCUCAACCGCGACGGUAGAUGGCACAUUAACCCCAUGGAAGGACACAUAGAACCAGAGUCUGAAGCUGAACUUACUGUCAGCCUGUGUCUUAUUGAUGCCGAUAGUUACACAAAUAAAGCUAUUAUUCAGUUGGAGAAAGUCAAGGAUAUUUUAGUUCCUCUAUCAGCAACUGGAAUAGGGACCAGCAUUUUAGUUGGCGAAGACAGAGAUAAAAUAAUGCUUGGUCGCCAUUUCACGAAAAUACCUCUGAAUUUUAAUUGCGUCAUGAAAAAUUGCGGUUCGCGUUUGCAUGUCCUGGAAUGGAGUGAACAUUACAAAGCGCCCAAAACAAAACAGCAUACUACUGCAUUUUUUAAUAUGGAACCUAGAACAUUUAAAAUGUCAGCAGGAGAAAAGAUGGACCUGAACAUAACUGGUUUGUCGCACAAAGUAGCUACUGUAAAGGAAAUGUGGUACUUAAUAGGCAGUGUGGAGGGCAUUAACAAGAAAGAACUGUUAUUGGAAUGCCAAGUAGUGGCUGAAUUCGUUGAUCCUAAAAUUGAAUUAUCGUCUUCUAUCAUAAAUUUUCAAUAUGACUACGGCCCUUAUAAUGAAUUUUAUAAAUUAACAGAUUUGGUAACUAUUAAAAAUGUCUCCAAAUUGCCGUUAGACUUCGAAAUAUCUGUUAAACCACCAUUUGCAAUCGUUCAAAAACAAGGCUCAUAUAAAGUAUCUCAUGCCGACGAAAUGCUAUGUGGAUGCAUAUGUUAUAACGAGAGAGAUUUAAAUAUCCCCACUAUCAUUCAUGAAAAUGGACUACAGCGCUCUAAAGUGUUCAUCGAUUAUCUAACAUUGAAACCAGUUGAGCCUCUGAAAAAAGGACCUUUACAUUUCUUUGAAGAUAUACAUAAAAUUAAAUGGGCAUUUAAUCUCACAAAUCUUAUUGAAGAACGAUUAGAAGACCAAGAAGUAAUGAAAAUACAGAUACUAUUCGACACAACUAAGCACGCGACCCUUAAGUCCAGAGUGUAUUGUGACUUGAUGCGAUUAAGAUUUAAAGGCCACAAAAACAAAGAUGCAAUAAAGCUCAUAGGAAAAAUAAACUUUCCAAAUAUAAUGGUACUAACACCAAGACUAGAUUUUCCAUGCAUUUUAAAUGAAAGCAUUGAGAGUGACACUAUUAAAAUUCAAAACGUCACACCUCUUCUCGCGUGCUUCAGAUUUAAUUGGAGAAAGUGUUCAGUAACAAAAUCACAGAUGACACAGCGCGAGGCCUUAAAAGUUAAUGAGAGUCCUAAAGCUAAAGCUACAACUCAAACAUCAGCUAGAGAGGGUGCGGAACUACAUGAAAUUUUAGCGUGUCGAACGCCAGUAGGUUCUCCUGACGGCAUAUCAAGAGAGAACAGUGAUCCGACUUCCACUAAAGAAGAUCCAAUUACAUCAAUAGCUAGUUACUCAAUGAUCCAAGAUGGGAAUAAUUUAGAAAUGAAAAAGUACAGAGUGAUGAUGAAAGUAUCACCAAUGAUUGACACAGUUUACGACAACGAAUUUGAAUGGAUACAUAAAUUCGUAAAACAUAGUAAACGUUACGAUAUAGCCAUAAAUGACGUAUUAGAAGUUGUCCCUCACUGUGGAAUUUUGAAACCGAAUGAAGUUCAAUAUGUGAAUGUGAUGUUUCGAGCAAAAGUUAAUAUAAACGUUCGUGCCACAUUAGAAUGUGAGGUCUUAGGUGGCCCUCAGGAAACUGUAAUGAUAACGGGGCAAAGUUCAGACUUGUUGUACACGCUUAACACGCAUAAGAUUAAUUUUAAAAUUCGUUCUUAUCACGAAAAUGCAACAGAAGUUCUAAUCAUAUCAAAUAUUGCCCAACUUUCUUUCGAAUUUAAAACAUACUUAAAUGAGCCAAACUUUGAAAAUGAUCUUUAUGGAACUAUCCUGGGUUUAACACCGACGGAAAAAAUGCUAGAACCAGAGGAACAGGCAGAACUUCAAGUUGAAGUGCGACCUGGUGUAAAGGGUUACUUUCAAACGACAUUUAUACUGGAAAUAGGCCACCUUCCUUUAGUACCCAUAGAAGUUAUUGGAUGGGGCGUCAUACCUCAAGUGUAUGUUUGUUUACCGAGACCUAGUAUAUUACAGCUCGACCCUAAAUUAGGAUAUAAAGCAAUUCCGAUUCUUACACCAGGAUAUUUAGAAGCAAUCAAUGAAAUAUUUACUAGCACUGUAUCGGGGCAUUUAAAUACACCUAUAAUAGAAAAGUGCUUUGAAGACCGUCAUUUUCAGCAGGAUUGGCAUAUAUGCUCAUCGACGGAUGCGUAUCCAUCUACGAUGGACAUAGAACUGGCUAUAGAACGGAUUUUAGUUACAGGCUACAUCACUUCGCGGCCAGAAAUAUUAAAUUCAUAUCAAACAACUUCCAAAACGGGUUGUAUACCAGGCUUUAUCACAAUACCCUACGUCGUUGACUAUGGUGUCGUAAUCACUGGAAGUACGAUACAAUGCAGUGUUGAAAUAAUUAACUAUGGCCCAAUUGUUACCAAAUUACACUUUGCCAAAGGGACUCAAAUUCCAAGUUGGUUAACGGUAAAAUUGUGUGGGAAAUUAAAUCCUGGAGAGAGUGGCAAGCUUGAAGUAACUUUUGCACCGACCUCUCUGGUUUUCACUGAACUAGAGCAAAACGUAGAAACCUCUUUCAAUAUUGAGGUUCCCUACGGAGUAUCGAUUCCUAUUAAUAUGAAAGCACUCUGUGCGGUGCCUUACUUGGCUUCGAAUGUAUCAGAGAUUGAUUUUGGUUCUGUCAGAUGUGGAGAUAAAAUUAUGUGCACAAUUCCUCUUAAAAACGUAGGAAAACCUGCUUGCAUUUGGUUUGUCACCCUGAAGCUAAAAACGCCAGAGACCCAUGCUUUGAUGGUACAUAACAGUUCAGGCAAAUAUGAACCUGGAGAAGGUGGAUUAAUAAGUUUAUCUUUUAAACCAACUAUGGAGAUGCUCUACGAAGGUUUUUUGGUGUUCAAAUUCCACAUGAAUCCUAAUAAGCUUACUAUUCCUGUGAUUGGACAAGGCAUUGUACCUCAUGUUCACAUAAUUGGACCAAAUGUUACUUUCCCACCGACUCUACCAUGGGCAGAAACUACCGAGAUUUACUUUGGUCUUACUAAUCCUUGUCCUUUUCCUAUUGAACUCAUAAUAACACAUAGCGAUAAGAAAUGGAAAGAGGAGGAUGAAAUUUAUCACCUGCUUAACAAAUAUUACAAUAAUCCCACUGAAAUGUUAGUCCCCGCUAUAAAACCUGGUAUGGGGAUGCCAGUUGAGAUUAUUAACUUUUAUGAAAAGUUUAUGGAAAAAGUUAAAAAGUAUAAGGAGGAAGAGAAACAGGCACAAAAGCUUGCAAUUGCACGAGUGGCAUCUACCGUCAAAAAAACAAAGAGUCCUAAAAAUAUUCCAAAAAAUUUGGCAGCAAAAGAUACAGUAUCUCCGAAGAUACGUCGAAGCGAUACGGAAAUAAUUGCAGACGUUAUUGUGGAAAUGAAAGCAGCUAAAUUUGACCCAUUAGUGGAAUGUCUACACGUUUUCGAUACCAUAUCAACAGAUAAUAAUGGAAUAGGACAUUCAAAAGGAUUGAUAAUUUUUGUGCAUGGUUCUCCUAGCGAAGAAAUACAAUGUCAGGAAAUGGCUUGUUCGAUGGGAAAGAUUCUAGGCUUACCAAGAGUCAGUAUAGAUUCAUGUAUUGUAGAUGCUUUGUGUGUUUGCAAUUGUGCUGCAAAAUCUGCAAUUAUUAGCAUCAUGGAUGAAUUAUAUGAAACAGCGCAAAAAUAUGUGACAAAGGAAAAUGGUGAUGAAAAAGAGUGGGAAAGUGCAUCCGAUGAAAUGGAUGACAUUUUUGAUACAAUAUUAAAAAAGAUACAAUUUUUAUCAGUUCAUAUGAACGUGGGAACACCUCGUUCUAAAGUUGUUGACAAAAAAAAGAAAAAAUCACCGCCUUCGUCGGCUAUUUCUUCAUAUUCUGCAAUUGGUUCUACGAUCAUGUUUCAAAUGGAUUUAAUGCUUGAGCUUUUGACUGAAUAUUUUAAACUGCCUAAGUUUGAUAAAGGCUUCGUAGUGGAUUCAUUGACAAGUAUUGUUAUUAAAAGUCCUCCAGUGGUUCUCACAACUAUUAUUAAAAGUAAACAUACAAUAUGGAAUAUUCAUCUCUGGCUGUGCCAUUCAGACUUUAGUAAAUGGGCUCGGGCUUAUGAAGAUCUUCAAAGGGAAGCAGAUUUAGUUGACGAGAGCAUUAGCAAAGUUUAUGAUGAGAACGAAAUUGAAAACAUUGUUCAAUCAUUAAAUGAAAUGGAAGGCGAAGAGUACGAAAAUGCAAGUCCAGAAUUAAAAGCAAUUUACGUCACAUUUGGUUUAGAGGAAAGGCGUCGAAGACAUUACGAAAAAGACGGUCGUCCCAAACAUAAGGAUGCCGCCGUAAAAGAAAAGAAUAGCAAAGAUCCGUACAGUAAAUCUAUCACAACAGUUGACAAUGAAUCCAGAAAGAAAAUAAAGAAAGAAGAUUUGAAAGGAAAACAGACGAGUGAAUAUAUAAUGAUGAAUACAAAAUAUAAUGAUUAUAAGCAAACAUAUGAAAGACUUCUGAACAUUGCUAAUAAUUGGAUAGUGGAAAAGAGCGAACUAGGCAGUCCUUUAUAUGACUUUACUGGACAUAUAGUUGAUUCAGCCCAAAAGAAGUCUAAGAAGAAAUCAGACAUGCAAAUACAGAAUUUUGAAGCGAGUUUUUCACAAAGAGGCUUUCCGUUGACAAUUAUUAGUAGCCAAUGUGUAAAAUAUAAAAAAGAGCUGUUGCAAAUGUUUUCCGAGUCUAGUCUUGUUCGGGAAGCUUUGAAAGAAGAAGAGAAGUAUGAUAUUCUAAAGAGCCCUAUCAACAAAAAGGUUUAUACUGUAUUACUUCCCAAAACGUUUCCAACAAUUACUCACGAAGAGCCACUAAAAUGGUGUUAUUUGGAUGAACCGCCGAUAAAAAAAUGUGAAUGUAAUCAGCUGAAUGACUUGAGUAUGUUAGAUGAUACGACUCAAGAGAACGUACUAAAUAUUUUGUCAAAAUGGCAUUGUACGUGUGGUAAAAAGGUCACUUCAUCACAAACUUCAACUAGCGAGAUUCCAUCUAAUUCAAUAGAAAAAAUAACAGCAGAAGCCAGUGAAGCAGAUGUGACAUAUCCACUGCCAUUGCGCACCGUAAAAUCACUUUUAGAGCACAGUGGUCGUAUAGUGCUGCAGCCCGGGGAUUUAGUUCGAUGUAAAUAUGCUUUCAGUCCCCAAUAUGAAGGAAAUUUUAACGUUAGGAGGUUCGUUGAAGUAAGUGGGUGGCCCGAUUCGCGAACUGAUAUUAUUGUGACUGGAAUAUGUGGUUUACCGAGAUUGGAUAGUCGUCCGAAAAAAAUGUUUGAAAAUUUUGCCAGAAGAACUGUGAAAGAUAAAGUCUACAAGGUUACUUAUUUAGAUGAUCAAAAGUUUUUCGAAUUUGGGCCUAUUUUUAUAGGGAGCUACAGGAUAUAUGAAGAAAAAUACGUGAUUGACCUAAGAAAUUCUUCCUUAAUAACGACUGAUAUUGUAAUAGAGUUUUCGGAAGACACAUCAGUAUUUCAAAUUGACAAAAAUUUUGUGAGACUCGAGCCUGGAUAUAGAGAAAAGAUGGCCAUAUCAGCAGCUCCGACUGAGGUCGGGGUUCAUAUGAGUAAUCUACUGUUCUGCGUGAAAGACAACCCAGAAAUAGUCACAGUCACCUUAGCAUGUAGUGGAGUCGUGCCAAUAGUUGAGAUACUGCCUUUAUCUAAAAUGAUUGAAUAUGGGAAACAUUUGCUGUAUCGCAGAGAAGAUGAUAGAUUUAUUGUUAAAAAUGAUUCUAUUCUACCUAUCAAGUGGAGAAUACGCAAUGCAAACGAUUUCGUGGAUGAUUUUCUAAUCGCUGAAACGACUGGUGUCGUGCCUCGAAACGAUAAUCAAGUCGUACCCGUAACUUAUUUAGCGUGUAGAGUUGGUGUAAUUUCUAACAAACCGCUAACAAUAGAGAUAUACGAUGCGGAAGGUCGUGGUGAUCCAAUGGUAAUAGACACGCUAUACUUGUCAGCUGAAUGUUACGAUGUUAUGGUGGAAUGUGCUUACGAGAAUCCCUCUGACAACUCUUUGAACUAUGGCAACGUCAAGGUUAACUCCACUGUUGUUAAAGAACUGUACAUGCUGAAUAGAGGAAGAUAUAAUGUUUUUUACAAGCUGAAAAAGGUAAAGAAUUUUCCUGAACCAUCUUUACUGCGAUCAUUUUCCGCAAUACCGGAGUGUGGCAUCAUACCGCCUACCAUAAAGUUGAUCACAACAGAGUUUGAAUGCACACCCACUACCUCGAUGAACUUGGUAAACGUGCCUGCGUACAUUUGUUCCUUAUUGGAUGGCAAUAAAAAUCAAGUGGUCGUUGCUAAGUUUCCAGUGUGUGUAACCAUAGCAUCCUUUUAUAACACUUUUACUCUAUUUCCUCUUGGAGAAUUGAAUUUCCAUAUAAUUCCUGUCGGAGUCGGGGAAACAAGAGAAGUGAUUUUGAAUAACACUAGCAAAUGUCCUUUUACGUACACAAUCGUUUUACCACCUAAAUAUCAAAUCGACCCUGACGAUCCACAGCCACAAACUAAACUCAAGGAUAAUAAAUUAAAGAAUCCUCCUUUAAGAUGUGGGAACUUUCUAAUUAUGAAUGAUGACAAUCUUCUUGCACCUGGGACGAGUAGAACACUUCAAAUACAAUUUUUAGCAACAGCUGCUAGAAGGUUUGAGGAAACUAUACAUUUUAUAAUCAGCGAUACUUGCCCCGCUGAAUCAGAAGGAGUUCCUCUUAAGUUAGUUGGUACUGGAGCUAUGCCUACUUUGGACUUUUGGAAUAUUGAAAACACAUUCCGUGAACAUCUUAUUGUUAAAAAUCUAACUGAAUAUCCUAAGCCUGAGACAUCCGCCCAUUGUGUAUUCGUUGAAGACUCGGUAACACUUCACUUUUUCUCUGUGACUGUUAACUCGAAGUUCGUAGCAGUUAUUGACCUGUACAACAGUGGUUUGGUCGCCAGUGCCUUGACGAUGAAAUUACACUAUCAAGCUAAUUCAAGUCAUGACAUAUUUUCUCUAGACAAAUACGAAACUCAUAUAGAACCACUCUUGCAUAAAAAUCUUGGAAUCAUAUUCACUCCAAAAGCUCUUCAGGAAUAUAGAGCUGUUCUAGAAAUACGUUUAAAAUCACUCCAAAAUCAAGAGCAAUCCUUCAAAAUAUGCUUGAUAGGGGAAGGUGUAAUACCCAGAAUAAGCAUGGUUUCUCCGCCUAUAAAACAUCAGAGAAUGGGCGUACUUCGCUUUCCAGUAACAUGUUUGGGUUCUGUUAGCGUUAAGGAGAUACGUUUUAAAAACGUGAGUUCAGUACAGGCGCUUGUUAUGGUGAAAGUUUUCUUUUCCCCAAAUGAAGAAAGGCCUGUGUUCUGGUUAACUUCUGACCCAGAUAGUGAUCAAAUGAUAAUGCGGGGCAAAAAUGAAAAAUCUAGUAAAACUAUGAAGAUGAUGGUGAAGCCAGAAGAAAUAGCCACAGUAUAUAUAAACUAUAAUCCUAUAAGGAAAGGGCGAACAUCUUGCGACGUGCAAGUGACGAUUUCUAAAAAUCCUUACGAAUUUUUUUCGGUGGUGUGCGAGGCAGAAGCAUUUAUGGAAGAUGUUAUUCUGACGGGAUUAGACAUGCUCUCUAUGGAUGUAGAUAUAGAUGCUUACAAGAAGUCUGCAGAUGGGACAGUGUCGACAGCUUCGACAGUCGACGGUAGAAAAAAAAGCAAAAGCGCAACUGGGGAUAAAAAGAAGUCAAAAGGGGAUAAAAGUCAAAGGAUUUCACAUGGAUCGGUUAAACUGAGCGACAGUGGUACCACCGUGGAGCAUUCUGUGCUGAAGUAUAUUUUAAAUUUUGGGGGAUGUGAAUUAUGUGUCAUGCAUAAAAGAUCAGUAACAAUGGUGAAUAAUUCCGAAAAGGUUUAUAAGUUCCAAUGGGAAACUGUUGAACAUUUACUGAUAAAACCAUCUGUUGGUUACAUUUCACCCGGAGAAGAAAAGGAUAUAGAAAUCACAUUCUUCUGUGCACAACCAGUAGCUAUUAAAAAGGAGUUAUUAAAUUUAAACUUGAAGGCGAUAUGUGAUGACUUUAUGACACUAGAUUUAAAAGCAACGACUUGGGACAAUCGACAAACAGUUACUGUCUUCGAUCAUAACAGAGAUGUUGAUGUCAACGAACGAUACGAGACAAUAAUAAAUGAGCAAAUCAACGCAAAUCCCGAGAUUACUGCCGAUAUUAUUCACAUGGUGGUGAUUUAUUCUGCUGUGACAGAAUACUCAAAAUAUGUAUGUAACUUGGAAAAAAAGAUGAACUUAAAGGACACAUUCAUUUACCAAGUUAGAGAUUUCAAUUUCAAAGUAGAAAACACAGGGAAAGUACCAUUGAAAAUUAUGUGGGACUUUAUAAUAGACGAUGAAUACCCAGCUCGCAUAGAUAAGUACAGUAAAGGUCGUAAGAACCCUAUAGACGAUCAAUCUGUGUGUUAUGAAGAUGAAAGUGUGACUGACACUGAAAUUAAGGACACAAAUGAUACACAGCCGCUUCUGAACCCUGGCGAGCACGAACAAAGUAAAAUAACCUUGUUCAGUGGGAGCCCUGGGAGAGAAAGUGUGGACACAUGGUUCGAAGUGGAUUUGCCGUUUGUGAUCGAACCAGAAAAGGAUUGUUUAAAACCCAACGAAAGUCGAAAGUUCAAAGUAACAUUUGCACCGCUUGAGUCAUUUAUGUUUAAUGUUAAAUUGAGAAGCAACAUAGAUAAUUUAGGUCCAUAUGAUCAGAAUAUAUCCUGUAAAAUAAAAGCAAAAUCUUUGGUGCCUUAUGUACAUCUUGAUGUAGAGGAAAGCGAUUAUUUAACUUCUGGCAGAAGAAAAGUAAUUGGUAUGGCAUUGCCUGACCAUACUACUGUAUUGGAAUUUAAUGUUUUGGGGUCCGGAUGCUACAAAAAAGCUUUCGAUGUAAUCAAUCCAACAAGUGAUGGAUACGAGUUCCUGUUCGAGAUGGUUCUGUCCGACAAGCCCGAACUCAUCCCAAUGCAUUGCAACAUGUUAAAAGGAUACGUUGAGGGUGGUACCUCUACUAAAGUCGUCUUUACUUUCUCACCGACAGCACCCGGGGUGUACGAAUCACAAUGGAAGUUUAUCAUACCGGCCCAUUCUCUCGUUAUGAAUGUAUUAGUAGUCGGUAUAGUACGGGAACCGAUUGUGAACUUUGUUCCCACUAUUCUGAUUAUAAAGAACUCUUUAGUAGGUUUUACUACCACCAACGAAGUAAUAUUAAGGAAUAAUGAGAGCGAAUGCUUGAAUUUUGAGUUUAAAGGAAAUUCUAUUUGUAACGAGUCCGGUAAGACUCCGGUCAUUGUAGAGCCUGAACAAGGUGUACUGAAACCGAAAUCAGAUACGCCUAUAAAGAUCAUCUAUACACCAAUCCAAGACGGGCCAUUAUCGUUCAAGAUCUUUUGUAGCGUGACAUAUAUGACAAAAUUGAUCACUCUAUGUGUAAAUGCACUUAGCCAUUCGAUAAAGCCUAAAAUCACUUACUAUUUGGUUGGGAACGAUCACAUAUUGAACAGUGAUGCAAUUACUAAUAUUCAUUUGGACCAGACGGCGUCAACAUACGAGAGGACAAUUCCUUUCGUGAUAAAGAACGACGGUUCUGCAACAUUCUUCUUUGACUGGCAUUACGAUACAAGCGAAGUGAAGAAAUAUCUCCAGUUGUAUGUGGAGCCAAACAGCGGACACGUCACCCCCGCUAACGAAAUAGAAUGUAUCCUUCAUUUCACAUUGAAAAAAGUUCCCGUACAAGCUUUUCCUUUAACUUUAUCGAUUUCCGAUGGUCCAGAAUACAAUAUAUAUCUUCACGCGGAAAUUGAAAAACCACAGUAUAGUUUCUCUUGCAAAGAGUAUGAUUUUGGACGAUGUAUCGUGAAUGCACCAGACAUAACCUACAAGAAAAACUUAGCAUUUGAAAACGAAGAUAAAGUUCCCGUAACGUUGGAAUUAAAUUUUUCCAAUUUGCCAGAACUAUAUGUGGUCUUCAAUCAAGACUGUACUGUAGCAGAAAGCAAAAGAUUAAAAAUUCCAAUCUAUUUUCGACCAAAGCAAGUAAAGGAAUAUGAAUUUAAGUUACAGUUUUGGGUAAAUUCACUUUGCGAAGAAAUUAUUACCAUUAAAGGAGAAGGGGUUCCUCUGCUAUUUGAUCUGUACGAAGGCUGUCAAAAGAGUUUUAAUUUGGGACCAGUGAAAGUAGGAGAAAAGAUCGUGCGUCCAAUAGAAGUAAUGAACCACAGCAAAGUACCAAUCGAAGCCACCUUUAUAUUCAAAGUUAUGUAUCAGAAUGUGGAAGAUGAUGCUGAUGUGAAAUCUGAAGGAACUAGCGCGUGUUUAACUCCUGGAAGCGCUACCACUGUUGCCAGUCAUACCAAGGAUCAACGUCCAUCUAGAGUAGAAAUGCUGCACACAUACAAGAAGGAUAAAAUGCAAGAACAAAUUGAUAAGGAUUCUGAGAACGCACUAUCAUCACUGAAAGUGAUACCACACAAAUGCACUAUCAAACCGUAUAUGAAAGUACCUGUGAAGAUUCAGUUUAAGCCCGUUGGCCUGAUUAGUAAUCUGGAUGUUCAGCUGAACAUGAAAGUUUUUGAGUUCGAGCGUCCCCUGGUAAGAUUGAGUGGUUCCGCGACUGGUAUGAGUUUGCGCUUCAGCCAGAACUCCUUGCAGUUCGGGCGCGUACGUAGACGCGGAUGCAAGAUAUUGAAGGUCAUGCUUUUUAAUGAGGGAGACUUUGGUGCCAGAUUCUGGUGGCAACCUCUAGUAUCGAAUGAGUUCAAAAUAUCACCGAUGCAAGGGAACAUCGCAGCUCAUACGAAUGUCACGUUUACUGUAACAUUUAGACCUAUCAAUCACAAUCCCUUUAUUAAAGUUUGGGCAAGCUGUAAUAUUGAGAACUAUCCACCUCUAGAGCUGGCGCUGUAUGCUACAUGUAUCGACACAGGCAACGUUCAGUCAAAAACCUUAUAUAUGGAAUGUCCUGUCAGAGAUAUUAACACACAAUACGUGGUAGUCACAAAUCCUUCAGACGAGAUGUGGCUCGUUCUAUCCGAAGUAUCUGGUGGCCCAUUCGAAACUUUGAAGGAGUUCUAUGUAGAUCCCAACUCUACUUUUGAUAUACCGAUUCAUUUUAAACCAAAAACUAUGGGAAAUCAUGAGGGUCAAGUGUUAUUCUCACCGCUGGGCGAGGCAGCCCUCUUCAUCUCGCUGGUGGGAACAGCCACACACCCCAACCCCAACGGUACAAUCAACAUCACGGUGCCCGCUAAGGAGUUCCAUACGGUGGAUCUGCCCAUUUACAACAUUACAGAGUUUCCAGAGUCCUAUAUAGUCAUAACAGAAGUGGUUCGUACUGUUCCGGACAAGUUUGAGGGCUACUAUGAAAUCAAUCACCCCAAAAAUAUCAAAGUGUGGGGCGGAGCCACCGUCCCGUGCCGUUGGAAGUUUGUUUGUUAUGAAGUAUGUGAAAUGCACUUGAGAGUGAUAUUUGUAAACGACGUGACUCGCGAGUAUCAAUACUACAAGAUGGUGGUUCAGGUGACGGCGAGCAAGAUAGUAGACACACUCGUGUUCACCUCAAAGGCCCGAGAGUCGGUGCAGCGUGAGAUAAGAAUCACCAACCCUCUCGCUACGGAGGCCUUGUUCAACAUCAAGUGUGACAAACUCGCGUGUCCACAGUCCCUCAAGAUUAGCAGAAAGUCUGAGGCUGUUCUGACACUGGUUUAUUCCCCGCUGGUGGUCGGAGAACAGCACGAUUGCCUCGAAGUGAGCAACCAACUGGUUGGGACGUAUCUCUACGAUGUGAAGAUGAAAUGCUUGCCCGCUAAGCCGAAAAAACUCGAGUUCACCACAGUUCUAGGAUCCUGUGUACCGCUGCGUCUCCGAGUACAAAAUAAUACUGAUGUUCGGGCAAAUUUUGUAGCAACGGUAUCGCAUCCAUCAAUUAUAACGGAGCCAGAAUAUACCUUGGGUCCUUUUGAAAAAGGAAAAUUCCAGGCGUGGUUUGAGCCAACUGAGCUUGGUGUCCAAAACUGUAGAGUUUCUUUUGACUCCCCUGUGGCUGGUGAAUUUGUUUUCAGUAUACAAGGCACGGCUAAGCGACCGACACCACAGGGGCCUUUUGAAAUAAAAGUCGGAGGAUCCAUCACUAUUACGUUCAAAAACAUAUUCGUGAAUUCUCGGAUGUUCAAGAUUAAUAUAGACCGAGAAGAGUUUUACACCAAAAGCCUUUAUGAGUCAGUGAGUCCGAAGAAGGAAUUGAAGAUAGUCGUUUACUUGACGGAUUCAGUUCACCCAUCUUCGCUGCCUACCGGCUGCCUAACUAUAGAGAACUAUGAACCACCGGAGCCUAAAGUGCACUGGACGUACUUCCUGAAGGGAGUCCCUUGAUCAGUGUAUUUUUAACCUAUUUGUUAUUUUAGAAUUUCAUAUUCUUAAUAUUAUUAUAAUUUAUUGUGAAACGAAU